UAUAGGGUGGGAGACGCGGGGCUGCUGCAGACCUCAUUGGCAAAGGGGAGACGGCUCCUGCCCCAGCACCAUGGGCCGGCUCCUGCAAACCCUCUGCUUGCUCCUGCUCAUCACCUCCUGCCCCUGCGCCGUCAUCACCGGGGCCUGCGAACGGGACCCGCAGUGUGGCACCGGGACCUGCUGCGCCGUCAGCCUUUGGCUGCGGGGGCUGCGGAUGUGCACCCCCCUGGGGCAGGAGGGGGACGAGUGCCACCCCUUCAGUCACAAGGUCCCUUUCUUUGGGAAGCGCCAGCACCACACCUGCCCCUGUUUACCCAACUUCAUAUGCUCCAGGUUCCUCGAUGGCCGCUACCGCUGCUCCAUCGACUUCAAGAAUAUUGAUUUUUAGGGUGAUGCUCCUGCCUCUCCAUCUGUGAGCCACCAGCACCCAUUUCUUGCCAUCGCCCACGGCCAUUGGUUGCCCACAUAGCGCCAGGCAACCUUAAAAGUGCUUUUCCGAGGUAGACAGUGUUGUUAUAAGCUAUAUGUUAUAUGGGGAAACUGAGGCACAGUCAGGCCAAGCUGCUCUGACAUGUGGCUGAGCGAAGGUCUGCCCCAGCCCAGAGCAGGACCCGGCUCCAGCAUCCUCUGCAGAGGAGUGGAUCGAAGGAUAGUGUGUGUGUGAAAUCUCUGUGGCCUCAAAAAUCACUUUCACAAGACAUUGUCUGCAUGUAAUGGAUGCUGUCAGCUAGCUUUCACCUCCCUCCUUUAUUUUAUACAGUAAAAAUCAAGGGUGAUGCAAUUUGGGAAGAGUGAAAGUAGAUGCCGAGCACCCAGCAGCCAAGAGCUUCCUCCCGUGGUUUUUAUCCUGGCGCAUGAUAAAAUUUGGGACGUGAAGCUGAGCAGCAUCAUUUCAUCUGCCAAAGCGUCUGCAAGGCUGAGCCCAGUGGCAAAGGUGGUGGUGGAGACCAGACUUUAACUAUUUUUACACUUUUCAGUCAUGCACUAGGAAAGACAAAAAUCAGAGGGGCAGAAACUUCCUUUUGCAGGGAAUUUUAGCAUUUUCCCUGCAAUUCCUACUGGAUAAACCAUUUCUGUAAUGAUAAUUCCCGUUGUGAUAUUGCCCGAUCAUGUAUUAUCAGCCUAUUUUUUUCCUGGAAGCAGCUCUUCAAGCUGGUGAUGG